ACGCGCAGUUGUCUUGAUAUAUGCGCGGUACCACCAGGGGAAUAUUUGCAUUUUGAUCUGGAAGUCGCAGUUGUUGACAGUUUGUCUAAUAAUAUAUCUUGUACAUCAGUUAACAAGACGUACAACGAAUUAUGUCGAAUGGCGGAAUAUAUUUCCUUGGCCAAAGAGUGCCACUUAGAGCUUAGAUGUUUCAUAGCAGAUGCGCCAGUUCGCGCCUUUAUAUUACAUCAUCGUGGCCAUAUGGCUGAACGUCCAUGUUCCAAAUGUAAAGUAUCAGGAAUACAUGUUAAUACUAAUUAUUUUAUCUUUAAUGGUAUUAACCAUCCUCUUCGAACGGAUGAUGAAUACAUCAGACGUUUUGAUGACGCUCACCACAAAGAUGGUGGAAGUCCACUUUCACGAUUACCCAUGGGAAUGGUGUCACAGGUUCCAUUUGAGUACAUGCACUUAGUCUGUAUAGGUGUUAUGAAAAAGUUGUUUCAAGCGUGGGUACAAGGAAAAUUUUCACGUGAGACGAAACUAUCUGGAAGAGCUAUUAUAGUUAUAAAUACAAAAAUAUUAAGUCUACAAGAGUAUUGUCCUUCAGAUUUCGCAAGGCGUCCCAAAUCUCUCAAACUAUAUUCCAAAUAUAAAGUCACAGAACUACGUCAAUUUUUAUUGUAUACCAGUCCAGCUAUAUUACACGAUUUAUUAGACGACAGAGUGUAUAAACAUUUUUUAUUUUUACAUACAGCUAUAAGAAUCUUAGCGUCCACGUCUCCAGUAGUCUUACGCAGUACUUACGUUUUGCAGAAUGUGCUCUUUAGAAAUUUGUUCUGCAAUGUCAACAUCUAUAUAGUAUUACAUUUUAUUUUUAUAAUGUCCACGGAGUUCUUCAUCUAACUGAUGAUGUUAAAUGUUUGGGCAGUUUAGAUUCAUUUUCUGCUUUUCCAUAUAAAAACAACAUGUCAACUUUUCGGAAGUUUUGCAGAAAGUCUAACAAAGGUAAAAAAAAUACACCAAGUAUAUAAAAAAAUCCCAACUUGUACGCAGAAAAAGGGUA